ACGUGCAUUGGUCCGGUAUAGAACACCUACACACAGGUAUAUAUUUGUGUGGUGACGGAGCCAUUAUGGCCAUAUAUAUCAUUUGCUUGGACGGCGCAUUGUUGCAAGCUAGCAUUUAGACUAGUGGGGGAGGUACCACAGGCAUACAAGUGUCCAAACUUUUCUUUUUAGCAGAGGGAAUGUUGUAGUGACGUGUGUCUACUAAUUAUGCCGGUCUAACAAUGGAAGGAAUAGGAUCAAAUCAAGUUCUCCAAAAACGAUUAUUUUUGUUAAUUGAGUUGUGUCUAGGCAGCCUGCCUGAUGUGCCUUUGUUCUCUUUGUCUGAUAGACAGAAUAAUUCACCAGUUCUCAAAGUGCAGCUAAAGGAAGAUGCUGGUUAUGGGUCUGUCAUGCCGGGGUGACAGUGACGAAAGAAAUGCUGCAUGGUGAGCGCAUGCAUUGCGCAUGCGCGUCCGCGCCGCCGCCGCCGCGCGCAUGGGCGGAUUUUUACGUAAUAAUACGUCAAUGCGUGCGUGCGCGAGGCUAGGCGCGAUCGAUCGAGCGAGAGCGACCUUUCCAGCGACUAUAAAAGCUGCGAUCCGAGCGCCAGGAAUCAAAAGUUACAGCUUACUUCCACAGUGUUGAAAGUUCGGAAAUCGUAUAAAUAUAUAGCUUCGGCUACUCCCUGCAAGGGAAACGAUAUGGGCAACGGAGUCUCACAGAAGACGAUCGCCAACCGCGAUAUCUUGCUCGGACAGGGCCUUCCACUGCGGAGAAACUCCAAGAAGUGGAAAAAAGAGGCGAAAAACAAUGUCCGGCAGAGCUUCAGAGCCGGCGUUGUGGCCGAUCGCCACUGGCAAGAGCGAGUCAUGGAGUCAAUUGGCUCCACCGAUUUCACAAAGAGUGACGAGCUGAAUGCAAUGGCAUGCACACAGGCCUUCCAGAAACACAGGCACGACCUGGCCGUCGUCAUCGACCACCUCCUCAGCUACAUGACCUGCAAAGAUCUCCUCCCCGAGUCCACCAAAGAGCGUGUGCAGCUGCCGAGCCUCUCCCGCAUGGAGCGCAGCGUUCUGGUGCUGGAUGCCAUCGAAGCCCGGAUUAUGGAUAACCCCGGCAUCUUCCACACCUUUAUUACCGUCCUUCAGAAAGACACUGUCCUGCAGAGAUUUGCCGGGAGUCUUAUCGAAUCAUACCGUGAAUUCAGCAGCGAUGCCUGCCCAGCGUGGUACAGUCCAACAGCUCUUGGACACAAGCCACUGGUUCUUCCGGUCUUGGCCCGAUACGCCGAGUACCUAAAGUCGUUCUACAAAGCCAUCCCCUCCUUGGCCCAGUACCGGUGGCCUCGAAUGGCCUCAAAGAAGCAGUUUAACCUCGCUAUCAUCAAGACCAAAACCGUCACCUACGCAGAGGCAGACGACUUCACGAAAUCCACGCUGCGAGGCAGCCCGGACGACAUAUUCCGCGCCAAGGAGCCCAUGGAUCUCGAGGACGUGAUCCAGCCAGAAGGACUCAUGGGCAUGAAGAGGAUCCUAAUCGAGGGAUCGCCUGGUGUCGGAAAAAGCACAUUCGCACUUGAGCUGUGCAAGGCAUGGGACGGGAUCGAAAGUCUGUCAGAUUUCGACCUGAUCGUCCUCAUCCGUCUGAAGGACAAGCGGGUACAGGACGCCCACACC